UCGAAAACUCAACUAGAAAACAAUUUAAAGUUACAGAUUUAACCAAUCACACAAAUAAGUUUGCUUUAAAAAAAUGGCUAAACAAUUCGCUUGCACUUUAUUGCUGUUGAUCGCAGCUACAGGCGCAUAUGCUGCUGGAAUUGAAGGUGGUGUGCCCACCACAAUUGAGGAACAUCCUUAUGUCGCCAGAGUGCAACGAGAAGAUGGAACGAGCAUCUGCGGUGGUGCUUUGAUCAAUGAGGAUACCGUUGUGACCGCUGCCACAUGUAUGGAGUUCUACGAUAUUAGCCAAUUCGUUGUGAGUCUUAAUAACGGUGCUAAAAUUGUAAAAAUUGCAAAGUCUAGCUACGAUUCGGCGUUCGAUUUCACUACCAUGGAAAAUGAUAUUGGCAUUCUGAAGUUGGCUGAGCCUGUAAAGGGUACUUACAUUCCACUGGCUGCCAAAGACCCAGCUACCGGUGCCACUGGCGUUGUGACCGGUUGGAAUGCAAACAACGAACUGGUCGAUAUUCCUGAAACUUUCAUCGAUACUAAGGAUUGUGUUUCUGGCGAAUACAGAUACACCGACGAUGAAGUCUUACCCUCAAUGGUGUGCGGUCUUGCCAAGGGUUGCAAUGCUCAGGCCGGAAGUCCUUUCGUGGUCAACAAUGCGUUGGUCGGUUUGGUGUCUUGGGGCUUUGGUUGUGCGAACAAAGCCAACCCAACUGUCUUCACUAAUGUCCCAGCGUUAAAAUUAUGGGUUGAAAAGAUGUCAGCAAGCUUGUAAAAUAUGUAUAAAAAUGUUAUAGUGAUUUCGUUUCUACUAAAAAAAAGUCGCCUUUUAAUUGCCCCUUUCUCAUUUCGUGUUCGAUUCUAAAAUAAAGGCAAACGGUGUAGUAACAUCAAUAACACUAAAUGCACCGGGGAAGGGCAACCUUUUUUGGAAUAAACGAAAU